CUGCAUUCACUAAAUUAAUUUUCCGACGCCGGCCGUUGGAAUGUAAAGUGAUUCAAUUGCUUUCGGGAUAAUAGAGAAAACAAUUUCAAUGUCUUUCGAUCAAUCACUCAUUAGCCACAAGCAAAAUGGCAUUUAUGCCGCAGCUUGGUUAGCAGGGACAUCUGGAACGCAAGCUUUAAUUAAAUACUACAAAAAACACGAUAUAGAUUCCAUAAAUGUUCCAAAACUUUGUGAUUCUUUAAUAUCGACCAUUCAAGCAAACUCACAAAAUUCUCAGAAUGAUGAUAAAAGUACAGAGUGUAGUGUUCCAUUUCGUAUUUGCUCUAAUUUGAUGAUUGGUUCACUGAAAAUCUAUCAGCAACAAGUUUGUAGUUUAUUAAAGCAAUCUGAAGAUUUAGUUGUCCGAAGCAUAAAAUACAACAUAAAAGGAACACCUACCGAAAGAAAUGUGUCUGGCGGCCAGAAAAAUUUUAAGAAACGAAGACUAAAUUUAACGCAAUCCAACGAUUACAUUGAUCUGUCCAAGUUUAAUUGCUCCGAAAUUUUAGAUGAUUUGGAGACAUUAACCUUAGAGACUGAAGUCGAGAACGAACAAAAUAAAAAGUCUUCAGCUAAGAAAUCUACAAAACUUAGAUCAACCAAAUUCCAAAUACGGGAAAUAACUAUACGAGAACUUAAUGCUACAUAUGAGUUUCCCGAGUUGGACGAUGAAUGUGGCUUUGGCAAUGCCACUAAUGAUGAAAUAUUGCAAUUUUUUUCAUGUCCCGAAAGUUUUUAUGAAGAACGGAGUGUGCCACUUGGCAAGAAACGUACGCCCAAGCGGAAGCGAAAUUAUGAAGAAGAAGCGCAUACAGACGGAUGCACACAAGUCAGUUAUGAAGAAGAACAUAACACUUUCUUUCACGAAAAUACUCUUGAAAAAGAGAGUACAUAUCAGACAUCUGCCUUGUUGAAAACCCCAAUUCAUAUGCAUCAUGCUUCUUUGGAACACCCACUCGGCGGAAAUAUAAACAUGUUAUCAGAUUCAAUGGCAACUCCUAUUCGUAAACAGUGUGAUUAUGAAGAAGGGCCAGUUGCAAAACAAAUGCGACUUAGCAAGGAUGAAGAUCAUGCCCCUUUCUUUAAAAGAACUUUACUCAAAAGAAAGAGUGGUUAUGAAGAAAACAUACCGGAUAAACGAAAUCGUCUAAGCAGCGACCAUCCUUUUGAUCUUCUUAGAGGAUAUAGUUGUAUGGAAACAGACCACAUCGCUACUCCUUGUCGAAUGGCAAACAAAUGUCUUGAUGAUUUGUCAAUGGAGACUAAAAAUAAAUCACCAGUUAUAAAGGAUGAAAUAAAGGAAGAAAUUGAUUACGGCUACGAGACAGUGCAGGCAACACCAAACUACAAUGACCUACAAAAGUUUGCAACAAAAUCAACAGACGACAAUGAAACCAAACACUCAAAUUUAAUCAUCGACUCAUGCAUAAAAAUAGAGCAGCAGGAGAUGCUGGACCAAUUGCAAAAACCUCCCAAAGAGUUGAUAGGAGUAACUAAAGGUAUUUUUAGAAAAUUCAAAUCUAAAAAGACCAUUGCCGCUAAACAACUUCUCAAGCGAUUUAAUAAAAGAACAUUACUAUUUUGUAAGAAGUUAAAGCAAAAGCAACAAUAUGCCACUAAUAUGAGAGAUUUCCAAGAAAACUUUUUGAAUUUGUUGAAAGAUAUUUUCAAGAGUGACUAUAAUGGAUUGUUGGCUAAGGAAAUAUAUCCCCAGUGGCAAACUUCUCAUCGCAAGAUUUCGAAGAAGAAUUCAAAUUGUUCAGAAGAAAUUAUUGAUCAGAAAGCUGCUCCUCGUGACAAUAUUCUUAAUGAAAAUGCAAAUAUGUUUAUACCCAAUGAUAUAGAGGAUAUGGCCUGCAUGGAGCCAAACUACCCUAAUGGUCAAUCAUUACAGCAAAAAGAAACAUUCAUAGAUAACGAAGAAACACCUGCUGCUUUUGAUGAUUGGAGACCCUGCGGUGUAAUGGCUAAACUAUUGCGUAUAUGGCAAUAUUCAACAGAUACUAAAAUUAACGCUAAUGAAUUCUGUCAUUCUGCUGAAAAGCGAAUGUACAAAGCCGUGGCAUUUUCUUCACUGUUGAUAUUAUCCAAAUCGCACUUUAUUUUUAUUACCGAGAAGUUUAAAACUGUUGAAAUGGAUAAGCUUCUGGUGGGAUCGGCAACGGAAAGUUUUUUGCAAUUCGACUAAACUACAUUACAUUUGGAAUUUAACUAAACUUUAAGAUAUUUAUAAAAUAUAAAAGUUACUGUAACUUUAAAAAUGUUCCUUAGGGUUUUGUUAGACUCCAGAGAAAUUCGUAAAUAUUUUGUAAUAUAGUGUUGAUAUUCCAAUUUGGUGAUCUCAUCUUUAAACACAAAGUGUAGCACAUAAGAAUUUGAAUUUAAACAAAUACCUCGGGUAUAAAACUUAAUCAAAUCUUAAUUUCAUGAAUUGAAAAAUAUUAAAAGUUUUUAUUAGAUAUUAAUUUGUGUUUAAAAAUGUUACGGCCUUAUUCCCAAAGCUUAAUGAAGCCUUAAAAUUGGUUUAUUUGACAGUUCUGUAAAGGAAAUCUGUCAAGUAAAUCUGGUUCAAACGAACAUUAAGUUUUGUGAAUAAGGCUGUUAAUCUGUAUUCAGUACUCGUAGAAUAAUGUUGUAUAAAUAUUUUAAAAUAUUUAACUAACACAAGAUCAAAAUUUUUGCUUAAAUAUUUAAAUUUACUUCUU